CCCACACUGUAGAAGGCUCAGACUCCACACUGUAGCAGAUCUAAUGCUCUGUGAAUGCCAGCUUCUCUAGAGCCUAGGCUACAUACAUAUCGACAUGGCAUUACUGAACAAAGCACUGAUUGCCCUGCUCGGGAUCCUACUGGCUGUGUACUUCUACUCUGGCAAAGAGGAGUUUAAACCUGAAAUGCUUAAAGGCAAAAGGGUGAUUAUCACUGGUGCAAGUUCUGGCAUUGGUGAACAAAUGGCAUAUCACCUGGCAAGGAUGGGAUCCCAUGUACUAAUAACGGCUCGUACAGAAGAGAAACUUAAGAAGGUGAUUGAAAAGUGUUCAAAACUGGGUGCAGCUUCUGCCUAUUACAUCCCUGGAAGUAUGGACAAUAUGACUUUUGCUAAGCAUGUGGUGCAUGAAGCUGAACAUUUGUUUGGCGGACUGGACAUGCUAAUCCUGAACCAUGUUGGUUUAACCUACUUUAAUUUCUUUGAUGGCGAUGUGGAUCACGUGCGGAAUCUCCUGGAAAUCAAUUUUCUGAGCUAUGUAACCAUGACAGUCGAAGCUCUGCCAAUGUUAAAAGCUAGUGGUGGCAACAUUGUAGUAGUCUCUUCAUUUGCAGGCAAGGUUGGCUUACCUUUGACUGUGCCAUAUUCAACCACAAAAUUUGCCCUGGAUGGCUUCUUCAGUUCUCUUCGAAUGGAGUUCUACCAGCAAAAAGUUAACGUUUCUAUUACAUUGUCUGUUAUCAGCUAUAUCGACACAGACACCGCUUUGAACAUAGUGUCAAAGGUAGUCCAGCAGCCUGCAGGUCCAAAAGAAGACUGUGCACUGGAGAUCAUUAAAGGUGGAGCCCUGAGACAACGAGAGGUCUACUUCCAGUAUCAUGCCACCAAGAUUCCAAUGCUGCUUAGAGACUGGGCACCAAAUUUCUUAGAAUACCUUGUUCUUAAGAAUUAUAAUUUCGAGGCAGUGGAGAAGAAGCAGUGAUGAUGUGAUUUUAAACCAAGGAAAGACAACAUUAGGAUACAUCAGGGGAAACUCUAAAAUACACAAGUGGUAACCACAAAGAUCAUCAAAACAGACUUUAUCUUCCUUUCCUUCCUAUAAUCACAAUUUUUAUACAAUGUCCCACUUUACUGGACAACACAGAAGAAUAUAAAUGAUCAAAUAGAGAAACCAUGGCUGGAAUUAAGCGUUUACUAAUAAUUUGCUGCUCUAAUUUCUUCUGCUUACCUAGAUGCCUAACUGUACUUGAGACAUAUGGAAAACAAUGCAGGAAGCAAUCUUUAACGCGGGGCAAAAGGGGCAGCUGCUGGGGGGCCCAAGGCAACUGCCUCUUGAGCUCCGCUGGCAAUUGGAGGACCUUUCAUGGGUCCAUACUUUAUUAACUA